AGCCCAGGAAGGCCGCUUCCGCCUAGUGCCCACUUCCAAGAUGGCGGCGGGGCGGGGCCGGGGCGGGGCCAGGGCGGGGCUGACAGAGCCGGCGAGCGGGAUGCUGCGGGCGGCGCUGGGCGGCGCGCCGAGGCUGUUGAGCCGCGUGCAGCCCCGGGGGCCCUGCCUGAGGCGGCUGUGGGGCCGCGGGGCCCGUCCAGAGGUCGUGGGGAGGCGGCGCGCCUGGGCCUGGGGCUGGCGGCGCUCAAGCUCCGAGCCGGGGCCGGGGCCCGCGGCGGCUCUGGGGCGCGUGGAGGCUGCGCACUACCAGCUCGUCUACACCUGCAAGGUCUGCGGGACUAGGUCCUCCAAGCGCAUCUCCAAGCUGGCCUAUCACCAAGGCGUGGUCAUUGUGACCUGCCCCGGCUGCCAGAACCACCACAUCAUCGCGGACAACCUGGGUUGGUUCUCGGACCUGAAUGGGAAGAGAAAUAUCGAAGAGAUCCUGGCGGCCAGAGGCGAGCAGGUGCACCAUGUGGUGGGCGAGGGGGCCCUGGAGUUCAUUCUAGAGGCUGCAGGGACCCCCACAUCCACUGCUGCUCCAGAAGCAGGUGAGGAUGAGGGUCCCCCCGGCCGUGGCAAGACAGAGCCAAGCUGACCCCUGCGCUCCCCAGCACCGUGGAGCUUCUGCCUUCCAGAAGGAUGUUUUGGCCCUGGGCCUCUCUGGACAUGGCCUGUUUUCUAUCAAUAAACAGACAUUACUUCCGGA